UCUGCGCCUUUGUCUCCGGGCCCCCUCGGGCAGCGGUUCCGCCAGCCGGGCCCCCAUUGGCGGAGGGGCGAUAACGUGACCAGCGAGGCGGGCGGAGCCUGAGGUGCCGGUUGGAGCCGGUCCCUCGCGGGGCUAGCGUGCGGCAGGGAGGCUGAGCGCCCGGCGGGCUGGGCCCUGGGGGACGCGGAGCGGCCAGGAGUUGUCAAGCAGAAAUUCCAACACCAGAGCUCCUAAGUAACUGGCAUUCAUCAGGGCCAGAAAGUACAUCCUGUCUCACUGGAAUAACAGAAGGGGGCCUUCUGAAAGACGCUGGUUGAAAAGACUUGAUGCGUGUGCUCUUCUGGAAAAGAGAACCUACAGAAUUAGAGAGUCAUCUAAAAUGCUUGUCAAGGUUGGAAUUGAAUGCAGCAGUUCGACAGCCCUCUUUCUGCAGCAGACUCAGUGCAGGUGGACCCCUGCACAGAGGCUCACUGGCUUCAGUGGGGCUAGGUCCACCUGAAGUCAUUUGCAGGACCAAGGCCUUAAUUUGGAUAUUUGCAGUACCAUUUUUCAUGGUCUUGAACUUAAGUGUUUUGUUUUAAGAAGCAAGAGAGGGGGCUAUACCAACAGAAAAUUUGAAUUUAGAAAGUAUCAGGAUUCAUUUUGCAAUGGACCUUUGAAGUUAGCAAUCCCUGAUUCUUUCAGCUUGUUUAAGAGUGGAUCUCUGCAAGCAUAUACCCAGGAGGGGCAAAAAGGUUGUUUGUCUAGAUGUUCAAAUCUGGUGGAGUUCUAGUGUUAGAGAGCUUUCCCUUCACCCUCUCCCCUGGUUCUUGUCACAUAGACAGAAAGCAGAAGACCAGAAGUGCAGACAAUGCAAUGUUUAUUGGGGUUACUUUCCAAGCAAGCAUAUCCCUCAGCCCUUCACACCAGUCGAGCUUAGCUCUAUAUGCCGAUAGUCUGUUCCCCAGUGUUCUGUUCCCAGUUCUGAUGCCGCAGAGCAUUUACCCCGUGUCCCCCUUCCCAGCUCUCAAGAGUAGCAGCCGUGUUAGUCUGUAUCCGCAAAAAGAAAUGGAGUACUUGUGGCACCUUAGAGACUAACAAAUUUAUUUGAGCAUAAGCUUUCGUGAGUUACAGCAAGUGAGCUGUAGCUCACGAAAGCUUACGCUCAAAUAAAUUUGUUAGUCUCUAAGGUGCCAGAAGUACUCCAUUUCUUUCCAGCUCUGACGCCGUAGAGCGUUUAUCCCAUGUCCCCCUUCCCAGCUCUGACGCUGCAGAGCCUUGCCUGUGUCCCUGUUCCCAUUUUGCCCCCCUUAGCGAACAUGAUUCCAAUUUCCCUUCCCCCUACUUCCUGUUUGACCCAGUUUAUAUAAUAAUAUUUUCAGCUAUACCUUAACCGAUCAUUUUACUGAAUUUAACUAACCAAUCCUAAUAUAUUGUAACAUAAUUCUCUAACCAAUUAUAUCCCACUAGCCUAAUUAACUUACACCUAUCAGAAUUAAUUAUACAAUAGACAGAAACAAUUAGAGAACCAGACAGAUUAACAAUAGAAAAGUGGGGGCCAUAAAGAUAAAACAAUACAGAAAUGAGGGUUUCACAACCAUUAAUGAGUGAUUUCUUGCCAGACAGGAUGCUGUCAAACUAAGUUUUCUUUAACCAUCUUAAGAUCUGUUUCUUUAUCUGGUGGUGAUGGGCACUGUCAGGACAGGAUUGUCUUCCUAACAGCCCAAUACCACCUUAUUUCAAUGUGACUAGUUUGGAAUGUGAGGGUAUGACCCUAGACUUCCCAUCUUAUGGCUGCCCCUGCUGCUUAGCCAAAGGCCUUAGACUAAGAACAAGGCUUCAGACUAUCCUCGUGAGAGAAGGCCCAUACACAGGUGGACUGUGAUUUUGAUUCUUUGUUUUUAUACUCCUGUAACUAACUAAAUGAUAAAAAUACACCCAAGUUCUUAAGUAUAGGCCUUUACAGGCAGGCCUGACUAUCUGUACUCUAACAUCUAGCAUUUUGAUUCUCUGAUAUUUGAUUUGUCUUUAGGGGUGGACAAUAGCUAUCUGAGUCCUCCUUCAAUUGCUUUUCAUUAAGAGGUUCCUAGAAACAGCCCACUGUCUCCUCAUUUCAUAAAAAUUGGCUUCAGCAAAGUGAGAGGUUUUUUCCAUCCAUUCCAUCUCCCUUAAAUCUUGUAGAAGGACCAGGGAAACAGUUCGGUUUAGUCCUGUGGCUGCUUGCCUUUUAAACCCUUUGGAGUUGAGGCACCCCAAAGAUUACCAGACAAAAGUAUACUUUCUAAUCAGUUUGCCCAGCUCUAGCAUCUUGUAACUUUGGAUUAGUAGCAUCCAGAGUAUGGAUAUUAAUGUUAUUUGGCAAUAUUUUAUUAGCUUGUCCCAGAUAGUAGAAUUUGUACUCUUGUAAUGGAAACUAUUACCUCUUUGUAUGUCAAUGUUGAAAAAAAUAUUGAAAUGGACUAAAUUAUAUCUUGCAUUUCUUGAAAUCAUGCAGAUUCCUCCCACAUAGCCAUUUAGCAGGAAACUAUAGCAUUGCCACCCAGUAUUAGGGAUAAGUUCUUUUAUGUGGUUUCCUUUUUGUUUGUCUUUCGUAUGGGUUUGGCAUGGUGCAGAAAACUUGACCUUCAGAUUGUUUCUGAGUAUAUUGUUGUUGCAGCUGAAAAAUGGAGAACAUGCUGAAUUAGAGAAUGUGCUUGUAAAGCAUACACUUUAAACAGGUCACAUCAGCAAUGGGGUAAGAAUUCUGAUUAAGGCUGACCUACUUGCUCUCUAUUCAAAAUAGUCUCAGCUACUUCAACUGUACUCCCAAUGUUUUCCCAUGCAGAAUGAAGAUAAAUGCAAAGAUGGCAUGUCCAAGGAAUUUUAAAAGGUGUAGACCUCCUGAUUGAAGAUGGUUGUGUAUCUUAUUCUGUUUAACUAGUAAAUUGCUGCUGUCCUACAGGUGAAAGUCAUGAUUACGCUAACUGAACUCAGAUAUUUAGCAGACGCUCAGUCAUCCUACCACAUAUUAAAACCAUGGUGGGAUGUCUUCUGGUAUUACCUCACCAUGAUUAUGCUGCUAGUCGCUGUACUGGCCGGGGCUCUCCAGCUCACUCAAACUAGAGUGUUGUGUUGUCUUCCUUGUAAGGUAGAAUUUGACAGUCAUUGUGCAGUGCCUUGGGAUUUGGUUAAAACGAACCUUAACGUGUCCUCUAGCUCUGCCACACAAAUAAUUCUCCCUUUGAGAAUCCAGAAUGAUCUUCAUCGGCAGCAGUAUUCCUAUAUUGACGCAGUGUGUUACGAAAGACAGCUUCAUUGGUUUGCCAAAUUUUUCCCAUAUCUAGUGCUUCUGCAUACUUUCAUUUUUGCAGCUUGCAGUAACUUUUGGCUCUACUAUCCUAGCACAAGUUCAAGGCUUGAGCACUUUGUAGCCAUUCUUCACAAGUGUUUUGAUUCUCCAUGGACAACACGAGCCCUCUCAGAAACAGUUGCUGAGCAGUCUGUGAAGAGUCUGCCACUAUCCAAAUCCAAAAUAUUGCUUUCAUCACCUGGCAGUUCAACGGAUACAGAGGCAAGCAGGCAGUCUCUGCCGUAUGCACAGCCUGGUUUAGAAACAACUGGAAGAGAGAACUCUUCGAGUGUUCUAGACAAAAAAGAAGGGGAACAAGCUAAAGCUAUAUUUGAAAAAGUGAAAAGAUUCAGAGUACAUGUUGAAGAGAAGGAUGUCAUAUAUAGAGUGUACAUGAAACAGAUUAUAAUCAAAGUCAUUGUAUUUAUAAUAAUAAUGAUUUAUGUCUCCUAUUAUUUAACUUUUAUUACACUUGAAAUUGAUUGUGUAAUUGAUGUUCAAGCCUUUACAGGUUACAAAAGGUACCAAUGUGUUUAUACACUUGCAGAAAUUUUUAAAGUAUUAGCUUCAUUUUAUGUUGUUUUAGUGACCUUCUAUGGCCUGACCUGCACUUACAGUUUGUGGUGGAUGUUGAGAAGUUCACUUAAGCAAUAUUCUUUUGAGAAGUUAAGAGAGAAAAGCAAUUACAGUGAUAUCCCUGAUGUAAAGAAUGACUUUGCAUUUAUUCUUCACUUAGCAGAUCAGUAUGAUCCACUUUAUUCACAACGGUUCUCAAUAUUUCUAUCUGAUUUGAGUGAAAACCGACUGAAACAGAUAAAUCUUAACAAUCAGUGGUCAGUGGAAAAACUGAAAAGUAAAUUAAUACGAAAUUCCCAGGACAAGAUGGAACUUCAUCUUUUCAUGCUAACUGGUCUUCCAGACAAUGUCUUUGAACUGACUGAAAUAGAAGUUCUAAGCUUGGAACUCAUUCCUGAAGCCAAGCUUCCUUCAACGGUGACUCAGUUAGUCAAUCUCAAAGAAAUGAAUAUUUAUCAUUCAUCAUUAACUGUGGAUUACCCAGCACUAAACUUUCUAGAAGAAAAUCUGAAAACACUGCGUCUAAAAUCUAGUGAAAUCGGAAGGAUUCCACUUUGGGUCUUUCAUCUAAAAAACCUCAAGGAAUUAUGUUUAACAGGAUGUUUUGUGCUAGAUUACCACAACUCUAUAUACAAUGAAGGCUUUCAGGAUCUAAAGAAUCUGAGAACAAUUUACUUAAAGAACAGCCUUUCCCGUAUACCUCAGGUGGUUACAGACCUAUUGCCUUCACUGCAAAACUUAUCUAUCAAUAAUGAGGGAAAUAAACUGGUAGUACUAAAUAACUUGAAAAAGUUGGUAAACCUGAGAACCUUGGAGUUGAUCUCCUGUGAUUUAGAGCGCAUUCCACAUUCUAUUUUUACCCUAAACAAUUUGUCUGAAAUAGACUUAAAAGAGAAUAAUCUCAGAACAGUGGAAGAAAUAAUGAGCUUUCAACAUCUCAAGAACCUAUCUUGCUUAAAAUUGUGGCACAAUGCCAUUUCAUAUGUCCCUGUGCAGAUCGGUGCAUUAUCAAACCUGGAACAACUGUAUUUAAAUUACAAUAACAUUAAAAAUGUUCCACUGCAGCUAUUUCUUUGUAAAAAGCUACAUUAUUUGGAUCUUAGCUAUAACAAACUAACUUCUAUUCCGGAAGAAAUCAGUUAUUUGACAAAUCUGCAGUACUUCGCUCUGACAAAAAACCAUAUUGAGAUACUGCCAGAUGGAUUAUUUCAGUGCAAAAAGCUGCAAUGUUUACUUCUGGGACAUAACAGCCUGACGAGUUUGUCUCCUCGUGUCGGUCAACUGUUGAACCUUGUUCAGCUAGAGCUGAUUGGGAACUACCUUGAAUCGCUUCCUGCUGAACUAGAAGAAUGUCAGUCUCUGAAACGGAGUUGUCUAAUUGUAGAAGAAAGGUUGUUAAAAACGCUUCCACCUUGUGUGAGAGAGAGCUUGCAGACGUGCUUGGAUAAAUGCUAAAUGAGAUGAGAUUGUGUACAUCAACAAAUCCUUUAGGCCUUUGACUUACUAUCUGUGUAAAGAUAGGUGUAGGUGGAAAGAAGGAAGAGAGGUAACAAAUCAUUUGCAAUUCAGGGCUAAAUCUACCCAUAUUGCCCUGAGUCUUCUUUAUAAGAAAAGGAAAAAAUUGCAUUUGUCUUAAAACAAGCAAACAAAAGUGUAGACUUAGCAGACAGACACAUUUGUGAAUAACCUGAUAUGUAAGUGAUUGGGUUCACUGGCUGAUGUGCUUUCAGUAGUAAAUGUUUAUGGUCAUGAGUGUUGGGAUGGAAGAGUGGGUUGCUUGGCUGUAGAGUGUCUCUCUCAUUUUUUCAUGGAAAAUUUUAUUUCUUCUAAAAACAAUUUUAAAUGGCUUAAUCUGAUGUCAUAUUGGGAGCAAGGAUUACCUAGGUUUGUUUUUUCAGACAUAUACUCACCACUGACUUGGAGUAGCUUGUGUUAAGUUAAGAUAGUCCUAUUUAAAGUAGCACAAUUAACUGGUUCAUCGUGCAUUCUGAAAAUAAUUUUACAAUGUACUUUUACCGUUUUCAUGUUUUUUUCAUGUGACAAAAGUGUUGAACGUUAAACUUGUAACUUUGAAAGGUGCCACUUAACAAUUUUUGUCAAAACAGUUGGACAAGUAUUCUACACACCCUCCACAACCCCACUUCAAUAUUUUGUGUGUUUAAAGUAGAAGGACUGAGCUAAUUAAUCAUCGUUUGCCUAGUAGGUGGGAUUCAAAUAUAGCUUGUCUAAUUUUAAAAAUCAAUCUGAAGUACCCUAAGUAUUCAAGUAGCUACUGUUCAUGUAACAAAGGUACUUGCUUUGUUCACAUGUACUUAACUGAGACAACCUAAAUUGAUAAUUCCAUGGUAUCUACCUUCAUUGAUUGUAAUGGAAAAUGGAACACAGUGUAGCCAUGAAUUAUUUGAUGGGUUGUGGGGAUCCCAGGUGUUAGUGUGGUGUGUACUCCCACUUGCCACUUAACCUUCCAAUUAUUGACUCCCUCAAUGUUCCCUCCCACUUUCCCCCGCCCAUUGUGGUGUUAAUGUACUGGUGAAAAAUUUUCAUAGAAGAUUAAUGGAUAGACAGGGAAAGGUACAACCUUUUUAAAAAAAAAAAAAAAAAAGGGGGGGGGGGUGCCCAUGCGGUUCAGAAGUGCUUGUAAAAACACCAUAAGCUUUCUCUCUUCUGCUAAGUGGUAUGUGUCUACAUGGUGUGAGCUGAAGGGAAGCUUUUACUACCCUUUCCUUUAUUUAACAUACUCCAAACUGGAAGGAAAUUAAGUGGUUGCAGUUUUUAUAUAUUAUUUUCCUGUACACUUAGUUUCAUUAUCUACUUCUAAGUCUGCUCUUCUGGAAUUUAUCAUCUCAGCUAAGAACUUUGGAUUUUUCCUGUUAUGGUAUGUAUACACACACACAACCUGUUAGCAUGCAUUCAGGGAACACUAUUCUAAUGUGUUAAAAUUCAAAUGUAAAAUGCAGGCUAAUGUAUGUUUAACCAGAUACAACUACAUCUUACAAAAACACUAGAAACGUUGCCUUCUUAAGAUUCUUGAUGUUGAAUAAUUGUAAUCCCUGGUUUGUCAUUAAAUCAUUAGAGGAUGAGUUAAUAUAUCUAGUUUAUUUUUGGUCACUCUUUGCUCUCAUUCACAAUGGCAUUGUCUUGGAGUUAAGGUUUACCUUUUAAUUUAUAAAAAAAAAAAAAAAAUCGUAUACUUCGAUUCUGAUCCCCUACAUAAAAAUAGGAGAUGAUCUCUUUAGCUGUCUAACAGGUUAAUAUGUAUUCAUCAUACAAAUUGCAUUCCAAAGAACUUUCUAAAUAAAACGUUUUUCUCAGGGAACCAAACAUAUGGAACUUCAUGAAUUUUUGCAUAGCUUUUCAAUCUUUUGUUUUUAGUAGGUGCUGUACUGAAUGAAAAUUUUUGUAUCAACUGAUCAAUCACAUCUAAAUGUUAAGCAGUAUUUCUGGAAUAGUAUCUUUUUGUAACUUCCAUUUCUAGUUUUUCAAGUCAGAGUUCAAGAUAUAAUUUUCAUGUCUCAUGAUCGGUCCAAAGGUACUUGCAUAGUUCACAAACAGAGCUAGUCUUAGAAUACAAUUACAUCAGAGCGGAACAACUUGUGCCAUUAUCGAUAGAGUUGAGCUUAUAAUUACGGUAUAAAUGCCAUGUGUCAGGACAAUUUUAAAAUCACUUUGUGCUGGAAUUUGAUGCACAAAAUUUUGGCCUACAAAGUACUUUAAAAAUAAUUAUUAUUACAAAAGUGGAUUUUGUUUUUGGUACAAGUUUUUAGUCUUAAGCUUUAUUUCCUUCCUUUGUUGAAAAGCAGUAUUGAUAUUUAAAAGAGCAUAAGGUUAAACGUAACUGUUUGCACCAGACAUUUAAAACAAAAUUUUUACAGCUUUUUAGUUGUGUAAAUCCUUUUUCAUGAUUAGCACACUGACACAGCUUAACUAUGGCUUUGAUCUACUUAGUAUGCAUUUAUUUCAUCCAGAGUUUGUCCUUCCGAAGUGAACUAGACUAAUAGGAAAAUAAUAUAGAGGCUGAUCCUGCAUUCUUAAAAUGUGCAUAACUCCAAAAGAAGCUGGGGAAACUGUCUAAGAACUAUGGGAUUAGACCCACAAACACUGUUUCAUGGGUGGAGUCUUUUUUUAAAAAAAAACAAAAACCUACAGCUGUAGUGGAUGUGUCUAAUGUUUUUUCCCUUUAAAAAAGAAAAAUGAACUCAAAGCCUACAUCUUAAAGUAAUAUAAUAUAAAUGUUAUGUUACACCCUGACAAAAGCCAGGAAGUUUAAAGGCUAGCAUCUCUGGCCUCAACUCAUGCCACAGUGUGCCUUUUUUGUUUUCCUUUCUGUAUCCACGCACUCCCCUCCCUAACAUUUAAGAAUUGAGGAUGGAGGCAACCGUAACUGAAUUUCAUGAUGUCUAUUUCAGUCAUCAUUUAAACAUCAGUUUAACAUUGAACAUUUGUUCAGAAUGAAGAGAUCAUCAGGGAAUCAGUAUAUUAAUCCAAAUUCAUAACUACCCUACAACAAGCUGUGGUGACAUCUGCCCUAUUUGUAUAAACCAGUCCUGUUCAGCAAAAAAAGGCUUCUCAAUUUGUUUCAGUACUGUUGUGUUAUUUAUGUAUUUUGUAUUAAUUGUGACCUUGUAUAUUUUGGACAUUUCUUUGGCUGAAAAACUAUUAAAUUUUUUGCAGUACAA